AUGUCACGCUCCCUUUACCCACUCGCGUCUCUGUCUCAAAUCCGUCAGACGCCCUCACGUGCAGACGGAAUCCCUGCAUCUCUCGAAUCAGCCAUCCUUGCCAAUGCUUGCAAGCUCAUCCAUACCGCAGGUAUCCUUCUUCACCAAAAACAAGUAGCCGUCGCCACCGCCCAGAUCCUCUUCCAUCGCUUCUGGUUCGUCUCCAGCCUCAAGAGCUUCAGCGUCGCCGAUAUUGCAUUCGGGGCUCUCUACUUGGGCAGCAAAUUGGAGGAGUGCCCUUUGCGCGUACGCGAUCUUGUGAAUGUGUAUCAUGUGUUGCUGCAGAGAGCAAAAGGCAAGGUCGGCACAGAAAUUGGGAUCAUGUCGUAUUUUGGCAAUACAUUUUACGAGUUGAAGGAUGCGUUGGUGGUGGCGGAGAUGCAGAUUCUGAAGCGGCUUGGAUUCAACACGCAUGUCGUACUGCCAUACGGAUCUUUGGUCAGUUAUCUACGCCUACUAGGUCAGGACAGGCCCAACGUUGUUGCAAAAGCCUGGGGAUACUUGAACGAUGCUCUACAGUCUCCAGUGUAUGCAUUAUACCAAGUUCCUACAAUCGUCAGUGCUGCCAUUCUUCUCACCAGCAGGUUUCUCGCCAUCCGGCUACCAGACGCUUGGUGGAAGCUGUUUGAUGCCGAGUGGGAAGACGUCUGGAGUGUAUGCGGAUACAUCAUGAGGCUGUAUCAUCCCGAGAUUGAUAAGAAGGUAGUGGAAAGAAUGUUGACUAAAGGUGAUGUGAGAACUUGGCUAGAGGAGAAUCCAAGGGCCGUGGAUGUAGCUCAGGAAGAAAACGCAAUCCACAAUUGA